GCCGUGGCCGACGCGUACUACGUUCUCUCAGAUCCUACACGCAGGAAAGAAUAUGACACGUUAUACACGAGCCGCGCGGGCGCCAGCCGCAGCGACGACCCCGACGUAUCAGGCAACUUCUUUGAGCAGUUUUCCAACAUGUUCGGGGCCGCGGCAGGGCAGCAGCAGAGGGGUAACGCUGCCCCUCAGCCCGAGGGCAGGCCCGAUGCAGAGUACGUCUUCGCAGAUGUGUUCGAGGAGUUGCUCCGUCCCGAGGUUGAGAAGCGGGUACCCUGGUGGGCUUGGUUCGGUGCUUUGUGCGGAGCUGGCGUUGGCUUCAUCAUUGCCAACUUCCCUGGGCUGAUGCUCGGUGCUGUGGCCGGAAACCGCCUAGGUGCCAUACGAGACGCGAAAGGCAAGAGCGUCGCGGCAGUCUUCACGCAACUCGGAGGACAACAGAAAGCCGAGAUCCUACGAGCGUUGGCUAUGAAAGUUCUCGGUUCAGCGUUCUGAACAUCCCCAGUAUUUAUGUAUUAGUGCUCGGACUUAUUGUACAUUUUUGGAUUGAAAUCGCACUACACUGCGAGUGGCGGCUGGGUGAACAUAUCAUAGUCAUCGUCAACGACCCUGAUGACGAAUAGUACAGUUUCAAUUGAACCGGAGUGGCAAUGAGAUUACAUGAGAAUUAUAGACAGUGAGCCUGAAUUCCGUCAGAGCAAUCCGAGAGGCAAGUGCAGAUUGACUCACACAAAUUCAACCAACGAAACGCAGAGCAUCAGCGCUAAUGAAGUACUUGGCGAGCUCUCCCGGUUUGGACGGAGGAGCUGCCGAGUCGGGAACGAGCAUGAAUGUCUGGGAGAACACUCUCGGAUGCCCCUCCUUGUUCUUCGCAGCCGUUCCAGGUGGAUUGCCCGAGGGUCCAAGACCAUGCGUGACAUUCCCAGACACGACGAUCAGCAGAGAAGCAGGGGUCGUUCCUAGUCCAAAAUCAGGCACACAUCAUGGACCCACAGGAGGACGCGCACCAGGGAUGGGGUGGCAGUCAAACGACUGUAUUUCGUGCCUUGUCGGGGGCAUGUUCUCCACGAGCGUCGUGAGACCGGUGGCGCCCUGGAAGGGGGUGCCGUUCCAGGUGAGGGCGGAAGUGGGCCGGUAGAACUUGGGCAGCUCGCUCAGACGCGAGGCGGAGUCAUAGGCCUUGUAGUAGAUGCGGGUGAAGUUGUCCGCGGCACGCGUAGCGAUUUCGAUGCUGGAUACGGGGGUGAUGAGAGACGGCUUGAAGAGAGGAGGGACGAGAGUGGACGGACUCGGCGGGGGUCAGAGGCGCAGUGGACAUCAGCGUUGAUGGCAAGGACUGAUAUUCGUGGCUGUGCAUCUAUGGGCACGAGAAGUAAACAGCUCAAGACAAGCACGUCGCGACGCGGAGUCGGCGAUUCGAAGCCCUUCUAGGCUCUUUUGAUAAAAUCUUUACGAUUUCGAGUAUUAGAAAAGCGCAGAAAUCU